AUGGCUGCGACGACGUGCACGCGCUUCACGGAUGAAUACCAGCUGUACGAGGAGCUGGGCAAGGGAGCCUUUUCAGUGGUGCGCCGCUGUGUCAAACUCUGCUCGGGCCAAGAGCACGCCGCCAAAAUCAUCAACACCAAAAAGCUCUCGGCCAGAGAUCAUCAGAAACUGGAUCGAGAAGCCAGAAUCUGCAGAUUGUUGAAGCACUCGAACAUCGUUCGUCUCCAUGACAGCAUCUCGGAGGAAGGCUUCCACUACCUCCUCUUUGACCUGGUGACAGGAGGAGAGCUGUUUGAGGACAUCGUGGCCAGAGAGUACUACAGUGAGGCCGAUGCCAGUCAUUGCAUCCAGCAGAUCCUGGAGGCCGUGCUCCACUGCCAUCAGAUGGGGGUGGUACACAGAGACCUCAAGCCAGAGAACCUGCUGCUGGCCAGCAAGUGUAAGAACGCCGCCGUGAAGCUGGCUGACUUUGGUCUGGCUAUCGAGGUCCAAGGAGAGCAGCAGGCCUGGUUCGGCUUCGCAGGGACUCCUGGCUACUUGUCCCCAGAGGUGCUGAGGAAGGAGGCGUACGGCAAACCCGUUGACAUCUGGGCCUGUGGUGUGAUCCUCUACAUCCUCCUGGUUGGAUACCCUCCGUUCUGGGACGAGGACCAGCACAAGCUCUACCAGCAGAUCAAAGCUGGAGCAUACGACUUUCCAUCCCCAGAGUGGGACACGGUGACUCCGGAGGCUAAAAAUCUGAUCAACCAGAUGUUGACUAUCAACCCAGCAAAGAGAAUCACAGCCCAGGAGGCUCUGAAGCACCCAUGGGUCUGCCAACGCUCCACGGUGGCCUCCAUGAUGCACAGGCAGGAGACGGUCGAGUGCCUGAAGAAGUUCAACGCCAGGAGGAAACUCAAGGGGGCCAUUUUGACCACCAUGCUCGUCUCCAGGAACUUCUCAGUGGGUCGGCAGGCCACGGCGCCGGCCUCCGUCAGCGGCGGCCUCAUGGAUCAAGCAGCCAAGAGUCUCCUCAACAAGAAGGCCGACGUCAAGCCGCAGACCAACAGCACGAGCACCAGUCCCAAAGGCCACACCUCCUCUGCUGCACUGGAGCCUCAGACUACUGUCAUCCAUAAUCCAAUAGAUGGGACCAAGGAGUCCUCGGACAGCAGCAGCACCAUCGAGGAUGAAGAUGUGAAAGCUCGAAAGCAGGAGAUCAUAAAGAUCACAGAGCAGCUCAUCGAAGCCGUCAACAACGGAGACUUUGAGGCGUAUGCGAAGAUCUGCGACCCCGGUCUGACCUCGUUUGAGCCCGAGGGGCUCGGCAAUCUGGUGGAGGGGAUGGACUUCCACCGGUUCUACUUCGACAACCUGCUCUCCAAGAACAGCAAACCCAUCCACACCACCAUCCUCAACCCCCACGUGCACAUGGUCGGGGACGAGGCCGCCUGCAUCGCCUACAUCCGCCUGACGCAGUUCGUGGACGGGCAGGGCCACCCCCGCUCCAGCCAAUCGGAGGAGACCCGGGUGUGGCACCGCCGGGAGAGCCGCUGGCAAAACGUCCACUUCCACUGCUCGGGAGCCCCCGCUGCCCCGCUGCAGGGAUGAGGUAUCUGAACCCGAAGAAGGAGGAGCAGAGGAGGAGAGGAUCAUCUGAG